AUGCUAAUCUCUCUUGCAUGUUUAGUAACUAUAUAUGAAGACCGCGGGAGGCAAGUACUUACAAUGUCGAAGCGAUCUCAUAGAAAUCAGCUGCAAUACAAACAUGCGUUGCCUAUAGAGGCGCAGCCUGUACCGUCUGUAUGGAAACAUCCCUUUCAGGCAUUUUCCUGGAUAUUAGAUUGGGCGAUGAGAUGGAGUGAAACCAGAAUUAUUGACGUCAAGAUCAACCAAUUAGGUCAAAUUUUGGUAUGUGAUCAAUGGCAGAUGAAGUAUUUAUGGGAACACGGAUUCUUUGGUACUGGUCAACUAUCUCGGAGUGAACCCAACUGGCAGGCAAGAACAAUGUCUCGAUUGCAACUAAAUGAUGCUGAUCGAAUCAACUUAGAGCAUGUUACAGACGUUAGAAGAAGGCAGCGGCUCGAAUUCAAGAAACUGAGAGCUGAAUUUGAAGCCAAGAAGUUAGAAAUGAGACAAAAGGGGAUUGUAGACGAACAAUUCAUUGAACAAGAAAGGUUAUUCUUAAAGAAUCAAAGAGAUAAAGAAUUAGCUUUUGAAAAGGACUCGAUGCAAAUACGUGACGAAGAUUUAAGAUUAAUAGAAGGCAAAUCAGUGAUUCAACUAGAAAGCUUGCAAUUGAUGCCCGUCGAGGCUAUUUUCCUCUCUUAUGCAGUGCCGGUAUUGAAGAUCACAUUGCAACAAUUAAUGGUUUCGUUGGUACUGGAACCGAAAAGUUUCCAAGACAUCAAGAAAUUAAUUCAUCAAUAUGUCGCGUACCAUCAUUACAGGUCCAAAGGGUGGUGUGUACGAUCGGGGAUAAAAUUUGGUUGCGAAUACUUAUUAUACAGAAGAGGACCCCCUUUCCAACAUGCGGAGUAUGGAAUCAUGGUUUUGGAUGCAAACCAGUCAAAUGAUUACACUUGGUAUUCAAGCGCUGCCAGAGUCGUGGGCGGAGCCAAGAAACAGUUUGUAUUAUGCUACGUUGAACAACUCAUACCUGAAGAUGACUUAAUGGAACUUUGGAAGCAAUCAAAGUACGAUGAGCUUUUCAGAAACUUUAAAAUCCAUGAAUUGUUAUACAAAAGAUGGGUUGCAGGUAAGAACAGAGAUUAA